AUGCUCUCCUUCUCUUUGAAGAACACCAAAGAUGAUUCAGUUCCCAUUAUACACCAAAGUCUCAACUCUCCGAAUACAACAUCAUUAACACCCUCGAACCCAAGAGCCCCGUCACACUUUCAGCCAGAGUUCCACAAACAACCAAGUCACAAGACGAAAAAGAAGAUGCCAUCCAAUCUCGCCCUCACGCCUCUCUCCUCCCUCCGCGUCUCCAGACACCUGAUCCCAGCCCACGGCCUCCUACCCAACACAAGCAUCCAGAACAAGCCGCUCCUAAUCUACCACGGCGUCUUCCUCUCCUCCUCGGCGUCCGCCAUCGAGGCGCACCUCCGCUCCGUCGGUGUCGUCGAACCGCAGUGGCGGUACACAAUGUACACCGCCACCCACUACCACAGCACGACCCACGAGGUCCUCUGCGUCAGCGCCGGCCGCGCCCGCCUGUGCUUCGGCGGCGAGGCCAACCCGCACCGCGUCGAGCCCGUCGUCGAGGGCGGAGACGUCCUCGUGGUCCCCGCCGGCGUCGCCCACCGUCUCCUGGAGGACCUGGACGGCGGCCGCUUCGAGAUGGUGGGAAGCUACCCGCGCGGUCAUGACUGGGACAUGUGCUACGGGCGGCAGGGGGAGGAAACCAAGGCGGGAGACAUCGGCAGGGUCGCCUGGUUCUCGAGGGACCCGGUGUAUGGCGACGAUGGGCCCGUGGUCAAGGAGCCAUGA